AUGUCUACACCUCAUCUAUUCCCCGAUAACGUCAAGCGGGCGGACAGGUUACAGCAGCUCAUCAACCACAUCGGCGGGCUUCAAAGCGACAUUAUCAAAGAGAAGCGCCGAAUGGACGAGUUAGACAAGGCCGCGCGAGCGAUCUUGGACGAGUUGCUUCAUAAAGGCGAUAUAUCGACCUUGGAAGAGCUCAAGAAAAAGGCGAUGAGCAAGCUCACAGAAGAGCAACGCCGUACCUAUCAGACCAUUGGCGAAACGAUGUUCUGGGCGGCACUCGUUAUCGGGGGUCCCGAACUAGCCAAGUUAGGCGGAACCGCAAUUAUGGGUCUCUUCAAAGGCGCUUCUAGUAUGCAAGCCGUGCAAAGCUCAGUCAGCGCACUCGUCGAUACGCUCGUGAAAGCAACAGCCGGAACUGCAGCUGCCGCUGGCGAAGGUGUUGCACAGGCUGCGCAGACCGCGUUGAAGAGCGCUGAAGCUGGAGAAGGUACUGUUAUCGCUGCUGAAGAUACACCAGAAGGAGCCGAAGUCACCAAGAGCAUUGGCUUCCUCGGUAAAUACGGCAAAUGGUUCUCCCGCUUUGGGGUUGUAAUCUUGGUGGCGACACCUAUCGUCGAGCUCUUCCUCGGUGCUCGGCAGAAAGAGCGACUCAUUGACGGCAUUCACGAGACGCAGGUGGCUCGUUUGGUAGUCGAUUGCCUGCGAGAGCAAGCUCGGAAACUCACCGAACAAAUGACCUCGAUCAAGACCUACCUCGAUAUGCUGAAGAAAGGAAAAAAGAGCGAAGCAGCAGCCUUCGGCAAGGAACUUCUGGGCACGAUCAGGGCCGCCAACGCGGGGAUCGACUUGGAGAGUCUGGAGGAUGGUCUCGAAAAAUCGGAUAAGAGUUCCAGCAAUUAUUACGGCGAAGAUGAUCUGAAAUCUGCCACUGUGGUCGAACUGGCGCUCAAGAAGCAGGAUGGAGAAAAAUCUUAG